UCCCAACCACGAUGCACGUUUUGGUUCUAGCGUGUCUGUUGGCGUUGGUCCCGGCGAGGGCUGAGGAAGAUACAGAGGUCCUGGAGGAUAAGACUCAGGAGAAGAGGAGUCUGGAGUCAUCCUUGUACUCCGCACAGAACGCAGGAUACGACCUUGGGGACACCGGGUACGGCAGCCUCUCUAGCGGUCUUGGAGGAUACCCAAGUAGCUAUGCCGGAGGCUACAACAACUACGGGGGUGGUAUCAUCUCCCAACACGUAGAAGUCACAAAGCCCGUGGCGGUCCCGGUCUACAAGGCUGUAGCAUACCCGGUCCCCCAGCCGGUCCCGGUGGCGGUCCCGCAUCCCGUCCCGAUCCACGUCCCUCAGCCCAUCCCUGUGCACGUCCCGGUCCCGGUCCCGGUGGUGAGGACGGUCCCGGUCACGGUCGAGAAGCCUGUCCCCUACCCUGUGGAAAAGCCGUACCCCGUGACCGUGGAGAGGAAGGUGCCCUACCCUGUACCCAAGCCUUACCCUGUACAUGUCCCUGUGUACAAGGUCAAGCAUAUCUACCACACACCCAAGGUGUACACGACGUACGGACACUACCAUCACCACUAGACGCUAGUCAGUUUCCACUAGUCUGGGACUUCAUUCUAUUCACCUUCAUUUGCCAUCUACUCAUACAUUCAUCAUUUCGUUACCCCACUUUGUUUGUUAACCUUGAUGCCAAAUAAUUGUGUUUUAUAUUGUAAAUAGUGUUUUAUAUUUUUGUAUA